CCCUUUGCAAUGAUGACAAUGUCGAAGAAACGACAAAAAACGAAUAUUUUCUUCUAUGCUGAGUUUAAUUUGGCUGAGCUUCUUGAACUGGCUCGACGAUUGCGCGGUGUGACAUGCUCGUGCGAUUCCACGCAAAAACCAUUCAGCGGAAGUUUUAAUUGGGCUAUCAUCUUGACUUUUGCUGAUGGUGUUGAAUGGCUAUUUCGAGCUCCUUGGACAAGUUAUGGACUGGACGAGGAAACAGCAAGAGCUGUACUCGCUAGCGAAGCAGCCACUCUAAAAUAUAUUCGGCAGAACAGCUCAGUACCUGUUCCAGUGGUUCAUCAUUACUGCGCUUCUAAAGAGAACAGCAUUGGUGUUCCUUUUAUACUCAUGAGUCGGGCACCGGGCGUCCCUCUUUCUAACUAUAGCUGGCGCCCCCAGCCAUGUGAGCCGAUUUCGUCUCAGGGCCGCCGAUGUUUAUUGAGAGUAAACGAAAAGCGGAAGAUUAUGCAGCAGCUUGGGGUCAUAAUGUCUCAAUUAUCACGGCUUCGUUUCAAUAAGAUUGGUUCGCUUUUUGAAGAAAAAGAGUGUUUCAAAGUGGGACCAUGCCUUGCGCCUGGCUUACUCUUGCGUGACCGCCAUACCUUGCAAGGAAUCCCUCGAGGCCCUUUUAACACUGAGAGCGAGUAUUACAAGGGACUACUUUCAGCUUACUUUGCGGAUUUACGGGAAUCGACGUUGGAACACCACGCUUUCUUCGCACCUGUUCCAGUUCCGACGGAGUAUGAUCGUUACUCCAGUUACCUAGCAGCAACUGAUCGGUGGAAUGAUUUUGUUGCUUUGGACUCUAAGAUUGAAAACAGCCAGAACAGAUUAGACUAUUUUGUGGCUGGAUUGUUUCUUGAAAGCAUGAUACCAAUCCUCGCCGGCUAUCUGGAAGAAAGCAGCAGCGAUCAACCCGAUGGCUUUCCGCUAUAUCACCCCGACCUCAGCCUGAACAACAUUUUCAUUGACGAGCACCACAACAUAACGUGUAUUAUUGACUGGGCGUUCUCAUUUUCUGCGCCAUCAACGAUACUUCUCUCCACGCCAGGCUUACCUCACCCAAGAGACGAGUGGGAGCCUACAAUGACAUCCGCAUUCAGAUCCGGCUUCACUGUUAACCUCGAUGACUUACAGGACUAUCAUUAUUUUGCAGAGCUUUAUACAUUGAUUUACGAUCGGCCUGCCGAGGAGCUGUUCACGAAAUUUCAGCAGCAGUAUGCAAAACAUGAGGUUAUCAACAUGCAGCAAGCCCUUUCCGCCGAUGAUCAGUCACCAAGUGAAAUCAAGCGAAAUGAAAGAGCCUACUUUAAUAAUGUGGGUGUCGACCGGCAUGCCUUGGCGGCAAAGCUUAGACUGGCCUCGGUGCUGAACAGAUCUUUUGUUGCUGAUAGACGACUUUGGCGUUGGAUUGAAGAAGCGGUAAAUUUGCGAGAGACCAUGUAG